GCCCAGCCGUAGCUUGGGGGCGGACCCAUACGAAAUACUCAAAGGCUUGGAGGGGGGUCUAUUAAGGUGAAAGGACUGCUUCCGGCCAGAGGUCCCGGGCAGAGGAGGAAGCUGUGGUUGCCGGCGGUGGGGCACCCCGGCCGCUCAGCCCCUGAGCACUGCUGGGGGCGUUCAGGUAACAGGGGCGGGGCUGUGCUGAGCGUGAGGGAUCUAGACCCCGCCUCACCUCUCAGAGCCACGUCGGGCGCUGGGAAGCCUACAAUACCACCCUCUCCUCCGCACGACGUUCAAGGCCUGACUUCUGCCUGCCCCGUCUUUCCCUCUCAUUCAAGAUCGGGUUCAUACGUAGUGCCGCAUCAAGUAGCGCCUUCAUCACUCCAGUGAUCUGCCCUCAAUCCGUCUCUCCCACUGGCCCACGAAUAGUGGUGGUAGUGAGUUCCUGGAGUGACUUAUGCUGAGCUCAGUGACCGUGUGGAGAGCCUUCGUAAGUCAAAUAGGGAUUGGAUUGGAUUGACAAUCCAAUCCUUUCUCUCCAGUGUCACAGGUUAUCCACAUUUGUACGAGUGCCCGCACAACUCUCACUGUAUUGCAAAUGUGUUUCCAAUCUGUCUACUUCUGUCCAUCUACCGCCGUCACCAACCUUCUAGCCACCAUCAUCUCCUGCCUGGACUGAUGUAGUUCUCCCCACAUCCCUUCUACAGUCUGUUCUCCACGAAGCAGUCAGAUUGAUCAUUUUGCCCUUUUGCCACACUUGUGGCAAAGCAAGCUGCGAGGAGGAACCAGACAGCCCUGUUAGUCGUGGCCAGCCCUCACUCCCUGGAAAUGGCAAACAAGGGGAACAAGAAGCGUCGGCAGUUCUCUCUGGAAGAGAAAAUGAAAGUUGUGGAAGCUGUAGACUCAGGCAAGAGGAAAGGUGACGUGGCAAAAGAAUUUGGUAUCACUCCCUCUACUUUAUCUACAUUCUUAAAGGAUCGCACCAAAUUUGAAAAAAAGGUACGGGAGGCAUCCGUGGGACCCCAGCGGAAAAGGAUGAGGAGCGCUCUUUAUGAUGACAUUGAUAAGGCUGUUUUUGCUUGGUUUCAAGAAAUCCAUGCCAAAAACAUUCUUGUGACUGGUUCUGUCAUUCGGAAAAAAGCACUAAACUUGGCCAACAUGCUUGGCUAUGACAAUUUUCAAGCAAGUGUGGGCUGGCUGAACAGAUUUAGAGAUCGCCACGGAAUUGCUUUGAAAGCAGUCUGUAGAGAAGAUACUGACAGAUUAAUGAAUGGUCUAGGAAUAGAUAAGGUUAACGAGUGGCAUGCAGGGGAAAUUAUAAAACUGAUUGCUGACUACAGCCCAGAUGAUAUCUUUAAUGCUGAUGAGACAGGAGUGUUUUUCCAGUUGCUUCCCCAGCAUACACUUGCUGCUAAAGGAGACCAUUGUAGAGGGGGCAAGAAAGCAAAGCAGCGGUUGACAGCACUCUUUUGUUGCAAUGCCUCAGGGACUGAAAAAAUGAGACCAUUGAUCGUUGGUAGGUCAGCCAGCCCACGCUGCCUCAAGAACAUCCAUUCCCUCCCUUGUGAUUACCGAGCCAACCAGUGGGCUUGGAUGACAAGGGAUCUGUUUAAUGAGUGGCUGAUGCAAGUGGAUGCCAGGAUGAAGAGGGCGGAACGCCGGAUCCUCUUGCUGAUCGACAACUGCUCUGCUCAUAACAUGCUUCCACGCUUGGAAAGGAUUCAGGUUGGGUAUCUGCCCUCCAACUGUACUGCUGUCCUGCAGCCACUGAAUCUUGGCAUAAUUCACACCAUGAAAGUACUAUACCGGAGCCACCUUCUCAAACAGAUCCUCCUCAAGCUGAGCAGCAGGGAGGAUCAAGAAAAGGUGGACAUCAAGCAGGCCAUCGACAUGAUUGCUGCAGCAUGGUGGUCAGUCAAGCCAUCCACAGUGGUCAAAUGUUGGCAGAAGGCAGGCAUCAUCCCUAUGGAAUUUGCAGAAUGUGACAUAGAAUCAGCAGCCAGUGAACCAGACACUGCCAUUGAAAAGUUGUGGCACACAGUGGCUAUUGCCACCUGUGUCCCAAAUGAAGUAAAUUUCCAGGACUUUGUUACUGCAGAUGAUGAUCUCAUUAUCUCUCAGGACACAGACACCAUCCAGGGCAUGGUGGCUGGCGAAAAUACCAGUGAAGCAGGAAGUGAAGAUGAAGGGGAGGUAUCUUUACCAGAGCAACCAAAAGUCACCGUCACAGAAGCCAUAUCAAGUGUACAGAAACUUAGACAGUUCCUUUCCACUUGUGUAGACGUUCCUGAUGCCAUUUUUGGACAAUUAAAUGGCAUAGAUGAAUAUUUAAUGAAAAGAGUGACACAAACCCUUGUUGAUUCCAAAAUUACAGAUUUCCUCCAAACAAAGUAAUGCAGGAAUUUAUUUCAGAAAAUGUAGUUUACAAGAAUAAAGAUUUCUUCAGAUAGGCUGUUGAGCCAAUUUAAGUAAAGCAAUAUUAUUAUGACAA